AACUUUGGGAGAAAAUCAAAUGAUUUCCCGCAAUGAUUUGGGUGGCGAUUUUUCUUUUUUAACCUAAUUUGAUUAAUCAAUUUGCCCUUUUUUUUUUUUUUUUUCGGUUGGGUGUGGGGAUGGUGACAUGUUGUUGUGGCCACCCACGUUGUGGUUUUCAUUGAUUUCUAUGGAUCUGAGCUCUCUCCCCCUCUCUAUCUCUCUCCAAAAUGAUUUAAUACAAACAUAAUUAUUGUCAUCAUCAUCUCCAUAAUCAUCAUCAUUGUCAAAGCAAAAACUGGUUUGGAGCAUCUCUAGACAGAUUGUUCUUCGUCCUCGGUUCCAUCUCCAUCCUUCGCCAGUGAAGUUUCCAUUUCGAUUUCCAAACCCUAGUCCUUUCAGUUCCUGCUCCUGGUUUCGUAUUUCCUUCGAUAAAUUGCAAGUUUCUGAAACCCUUGUUAGUUGGUUUCCGAUUCACAAUCAGUUUCCUUGUUUUUGGUUUUUUUUUUUUUUGGUUCUUUCUCGUGAUCAAAGAUUUGAAGAUCAGGAGAGCUGUUCCCAGUACCGUGACCUUUAUGGAAGAGAAGGGAUUCAAAUGGAGAAGGAAGCCAAAUCGAACACUUUUUGGAGGAAAAUGCUGUAUUUGAAGCAACCGAUAAGUUGUGUUUGGAUGUGUUUGGGCCAGAGGUGAUUUUGGUAGUGGUGAAUGCGCGAGUGACUGUAUCCCGAGCCCGAGGCUCGGGAUCUGAAAACCCUAAUGGCGUCAAUGAACGAGCGCCCUUCGCAGUCUGUGACAACGCAUCACGGGUAUAUGCAGAAAUUCCGCCUCUAUGAGACUCAAUCGAAAUUCUAUAUGAUUGGAAGAAAUAAGAGUAGAACAUGUUGGAGAGUGCUAAAGAUAGACAGAUCAGAACCUUCUGAGCUAAACAUUCGUCAGGACUCUGCAACAUAUACAGAGAAUGAAUGCUCCGAGUUGUUGAGAAGGAUCCAUGAAGGAAAUAGGUCCACUGGGGGACUUAAAUUUGUAACUACUUGUUAUGGAAUAGUUGGAUUCAUUAAGUUUCUGGGACCUUACUAUAUGCUGCUAAUCACAAAAAGAAGGCAGAUCGGUGCAAUUUGUGGCCAUGCAAUAUAUGCUGUCUCCAAGAGUCAGAUGAUUCCUGUUCCCAAUUCUACUGUCCUGGCCAACAUGGUUAUUUCAAAGAAUGAGAACAGAUACAAGAAGCUCCUUUGCAUGGUUGAUCUUACAAAGGAUUUCUUCUUCAGCUACUCAUACCAUGUUAUGCAUAGUCUUCAGAAGAACUUGUGUGAUAAUGAGGCAGGGCAGGUCCUCUAUGAAACCAUGUUUGUUUGGAAUGAGUUCUUGACUCGUGAAAUUAGAAAUAUUCUGCAUAAUACUCUUUGGACGGUUGCAUUAGUGUAUGGUUUUUUCAAACAGGCUACCCUUUCUAUAUGUGGCCGUGUCUUCAAAUUGACUCUAAUUGCUAGACGCUCACGUUAUUAUGCAGGAACCAGGUACUUAAGACGAGGUGUAAAUGAGAAUGGUAAAGUGGCUAAUGAUGUUGAGACAGAACAGAUUGUUUCUGAGGAUGUUCCUGAAGGGUGCCUUACACAAAUUAGUUCUGUUGUUCAAAACCGUGGCUCAAUCCCCCUUUUUUGGUCACAGGAGACUUCACGCCUGAAUAUUAAACCUGACAUUAUAUUGUCAAAAAAGGACCAAAACUAUGAGGCCACCAGACUUCACUUUGAAAAUCUUGUUGAGAGAUAUGGAAAUCCUAUAAUCAUUUUGAAUUUAAUUAAGACCCAUGAAAAGAAGCCUCGAGAGUCCAUUCUCCGUUCAGAGUUUGCUAAUGCAAUUGAAUACGUUAACAAAGAUUUAUCAGAGGAGUCUCAUCUUAAGUUCCUUCACUGGGAUUUACACAAGCAUUCUCGGAGCAAUGCUACAAAUGUGCUACUACUGCUGGGCAAAGUUGCUGCAUAUGCAUUGACAUUAACAGGUUUCUUUUAUUUUCGAGCGCCAUUAACCUUCAGGUCUGAUGGAUGUAUAAAGUGGCCUUAUUUUGAGAAUUUUGAUGCUAGUGACCAGUCUCCUGAAAGAGAUUGCAAUGUUGACACUGAGAAAAAUGGUGACAGUGAGGAUGCUGAUAAUCUAGAGAUCAAACAAUGUGGAGGUAAUCACAUGACCAAUGGAAAUAAUUCAGUCAAGCGACCCAUGUUCCAGAAAGGAGUGCUCAGGACAAAUUGCAUAGACUGUCUGGAUCGCACAAAUGUUGCACAAUAUGCCUAUGGAUUGGCUGCUCUUGGAAUGCAGCUUCGUGCUCUAGGACUCAUAAAUACAGCUAAGAUAGACAUUGAUGACCCACUGUCUGAAGAAUUAAUGGAGUUCUACGAGAAAAUGGGUGAUACACUUGCACACCAAUAUGGUGGCUCAGCAGCACACAAUAAGAUAUUUUCAGCGAAACGGGGUCAAUGGAGAGCUGCAACUCAAUCCCAGGAAUUCUUUAGAACACUUCAACGGCACUACAGCAAUGCUUACAUGGAUGCAGAGAAACAAAAUGCUAUUAAUGUAUUCUUGGGGGAUUUACAGCCACAAGAGGGUAAAAAUGAACUUGGGGAGCUAGAUUCGAGCGAGCACUAUAAUGGAGGGAGGAAUGGGGAAACAAUAUUGGGAGAAAAUGGAAGGUCAUUUUUCAAAAGAUCCUUAUCUGAUGGAAAUAUUCUUCGUGAAAGCAGCUCACCCAUAUCCAAUGCUAACAUCAGGCAGGAACUUUGUAACUCCACUUUGUCAGACGAUCAGUCACAAAGAGGAAGAGAAAUUUUGUCAGAAUCAAGUCCAGAAAUAUCUACUUGUGAUAGUGAGACAACAUUUUCAAGGUAUACAGCCGUAAUGCCUAGUCGGCAGCUUUUUCCAGACAUGCAAAGGGACAGGACCCUUGACAAUGAUCAAGAAGAUACAUGUUCAAACUUUGUUGAUCUAGACUGGCUAUCUUCCUCUGGAAAUUCUUGUGAUGAAGAAUUAUAUGAGAGGUCAAUGCUUCUUAACUCUCCAGUUGAAUCAUCAGGGAAUGUUAUUAUUGGAAUGAUUGGAGAAACAAUGCCAUGUACCAGUGGCAAUGGAUCCAGCAUGAAGGGAGUGGUACGUGCAGCUACUGAUCCAUCCUACAACGAUGCCCAGAGCGCUGAGGAAUUUUCAGAUAGUUUUCUACGCUGGGUGACCUAUGGGGAAACACUCUGCCACUAAAUCCUGGUUUGAUUUUCACCUGCAUUUGGUACUCAUUUCUUCCCGCCCAACCCCCUUAUUUCCAGAGGAUGCUGACAUGUUCUGAAGUGAGAAUGAGAAGAAGGAAAUAAAGCCAGCCGUUCCAGUCACUCUUUUCCAGAAAGGGUUGCUAGAAAGAAAGCAGUCUUCUUCUACCUCUUGAGUAUGACUUGCCAGCAGCAGCUGCUAACUGCAUUGCUUCAACAGAUCAAACCUAGGCCGACAAGUAGAGUAAAUAGCCAACAGCCUUUUUUAAGAUUCUUUUAGAACCGUUUCCUAUCGUUUCUUUUAUGUUUGUCAAAUUCCUAGUUUCCGAUGUUGUAAAUAUAAAUAUAUAUAUAGAUACCCUACUGGUGGAGCUCGAAUGAUGAGUCUUUUUUAGGACAUUCUUUAAUUUCCUCCUCAAUCCAUCUAACCGCUUUUGCCGCUAGAUUUGGCGUCGCCGUAAAUCCGUGCCCAAUUCCAAUGCCGCCAGCCUUACAAUUCUAUUCCACUUAACACGUAAGGAGUCAUUUAACAGUGUCUAAUUUUCUAGUUCCGGUUUCCAUUUUGUGGUGUGAGUUUUCAUCAACAAAACUCAAGACUACAUGUUGAACAAUUUAAUUUGUAUGUAUUCUGUUUUGUCUUUAA